AUGGCGACGAGGACGCCACGAGCGUCUAUUAGCCAAACAACCUUUAUAAUAUUACUUUUUCUGAGUGCUUAUUCCUGUCAGCUAUAUACGAUAUCCUUUCAGGACUCCACAGGCUGCGGGGAAGACAGUUAUUUUGAUAUUUCGGGUCUAUCUUGCCUUAAGUGUGGACCAAAUCAAGUCCCCAGUAAAUCUGGUCUAGGCUGCACAUGCCAGGCAGGGCACCGUGUGCUGGUCAGUAAUGGAGCCUCGGUCGUCUGUCAGCGGUGCCCUGAAUCAAAAAGGGCAGUGACGCGGGAUGGGUACGGCUGCAUUCGCUGUCCUGGUGACACCGCAGGAGACGGCACCUGCAUGUGCCCCCCCAACCACAUCCUGGUGGAGAGAGACGGUAAGGGGAAUCUGCAGGAGGAGGCCUUGUGUGAACCCUGCAACAGCGCUGAUCCUGCCUUGACUAUCCCAGAUGGCACAGGAAGCAGGUGUGUGAGAUGCCAGGAUUCUUUUGUCAACACGUCCCUAUCCUGCUCCUGUGGAGGUAAGGAGGCAGGAGGACAGUGUUUCCGCAAGAACGAUCUGCCGGACUACCGCAGUGAGGUCUCCAGCAUCAAUUUUGCUCAGCUGGCUCUUCCCAUUCAGUCUGUGUGGUUCUCCAGUCAUCUCUACUCGUCAGCAGCUGGCUGUUUGCUGUUCUCCAACAGGACGUCCUGCCAGGCGCUGGGCAACAUGUGUGUGAUGAACAUGUACUCGUCCAGCUCGCUGAGCACCGACGCCUGCGGCCUCUACAACACCGUUUUCAGGAGCACCGCAGCGCAGGGCCACAGCCAAGAGGUCACGCACUGGAGAACCAACAUGCCCUGGCUGUUCUACGGGGAUCAGCCCGGUUUGGCAUCCCGCGUGCUGCAGGCUGAGCCCCUCCCUGUUGGCUACAGCUUUAGAGGAACCUACAGGAAUACACAAAUUCAGCUCAUAGCAGCGGUUUACAAUGUGGGAGGACAGUUCUUGCGAUGGGAAAACCUUACGACAGGAGCACUGCAGCUCUGUCCAGACACUGUCGCCAGGCAACAAGCAGCCUACACCUUUGGGACAGCCUACAAGCAAAGUUGUGUGUUCUCUGUGUCGGAGCUGCUGGCCCGAUUCCCGGAGCCUCUGUUCUACGACGUCUUCCUGGUGCUGAAGUCCUCUCGGGGGGACCAACGUCUCGUGGCCCUGCCCAUACGAAACCUCAACCUGCAGUUGAACGGACAGUUUGUCAAUCAAGGCUCCAAUAUGAAUAACUGGUACCUGACGCGCAGACUAAUGAUGGUGGACACUCUGAGUGGCAGAGAGAAGAGCUUGAGUGCCACACCCAGAGUCAUACGCGUGGCCACCAACAUCAAGAUCGGGUUUCGGCUGGUGCCCCUGACCCAGCGUGGGCAGGUGUAUCCCCCUCUCAUCACCGUCUCCUACACAGACGUACUCGUCACAGACCCCCUCUCACAGACCAUUUCUGUGUCGUUCUCCAUGGGGUAUGAAAUGGAUCAGAAUGAAGCUCGAGUGAAGACUGAUAUUGCUCUGGGGGUGCUGGGUGGUGUGGCAGUGAUUUACUCGCUGGUGAAGACGGCAAGCUGGAAGAGGAGAAUCGUGUCUCCUGUGAUUGACCUGGAGACCAUUCUGAAGUUCCUGCUGUUCUACGCUGGGGAUUUAGCCAAUGUGUUUUUUAUCAUCACCGUGGGAACAGGACUCUAUUGGCUUAUCUUCUACAAGGCUCAGCAGUUUGUAUCUGUGUUACUGCCACUGCCGGAACAGGAGGAGCGAUUCAAGACGUACGUCAGCUGUGCCUUCGGUCUGAAGACAGUGCAGUUCCUCCACAAGCUUGUGCAGCAGCUGUCGGUGGAUGUUUUCUUCAUCGACUGGGAGAGACCGCGCAGCAAAGCACUCAAACCAGCAGAGGGAACUGGAGAGGGGAGGAGUGGCGCGGCACCCGUCAGUAUCUGGAGGACGUACUUUGUAGCCAACGAGUGGAACGAGAUCCAGACCAUGCGCAAGAUCAGCCCCACCUUCCAGGUGUUGAGUGUCCUCUUCCUGCUGGAAGUGGCCGGCUUCUCCAGCCUGGUGCUGAGAGACCCCUGGUCUACACUGCAGCGACCGGCCCAGGCCUACACCCCCGAACACAGCCAGGUGCUGCGCUUCGGCCUGGCCUCCUGCCUCUGGCUCGCCGUGGGCCUGCUCCAGGUGGUAUUCUUCACUGUUUUCCACGAGCGCUUCAUCGAGGAUAAGAUCCGACAGUUUGUGGAUCUCUGCUCCAUCAGCAAUGUGUCUGUACUGCUGCUCUCCCACCGGUGCUUUGGUUACUACAUCCACGGCCGCUCUGUACACGGUCACGCGGACACCAACAUGGAGGAGAUGAACGCCAACCUGAAGAGAGAGGCGGAGAACUUGUGUGGGCAGAGGGGCCUGCUGCCCAACUCAGAUACUCAAACCUUCCAGAUCGCCAUCACAGCGCGCCUGAGGAACCAAUACGAUCGCAUCCUGGAGCCGCUUUGCAGAAGGAAUGGUCCCUCGAGAUUGUUGGACGCCUCGGCCAAUCCUUUUGAGCAGAGCACGAAGGCCUACCACACUAUGAACCGUUUCCUCAGCUCCAUCAUCGAUCAUGCCCACCGUGAGAUGGACUACAUCAUCCGGGACAAAAUGCUCCUGGAGAGGGUCAUUGGGAUGGAGUUUAUCGAGCCGAAUGAUAAGAGCAUCUUUUACAACGAUGAGUCUCACUCCUUCAGCGACGUGCUGUUCUAUGGGAACGAGGCGACGCUUCUCAUUUUCGACACGCUCUUCUUCUGUGUGGUGGACCUGGCCAGCAACAAUUUCAUCCUCGCUGCCACGCUCACCUAUCUACAGCAACUGGUGUUCCGGCUUAUCCGUGAUGUACUUGGGAGGAGAAACUUGGCUUCUAAGACUCUUGUGGAUAAGCGAUUUCUCAUCUGAGGUCUCUCUCAUACACACAUCUUAAAAUCUUGAUUCGUUCAUCACAACAUCCCACCAUGCAUCACAACAUGCCUUCAAAGUACAAAGACUUCACAUAACACUGUUAUGAGUUAGAUUGUGGCUAGAAUCUUUUUUUGAAGGUGUAGUGUCCAACAGUCCAAACAGAAGGAGUGUCCAACACCGUAGUGUCCAACAGCCCAACAGUAAAACCAACCCUUCCUUAGCCUGACCUUGCCAUUCGUACACUACUGUCAAUUUAUAUUACCCUCCAUGUUACGUCUGGGCCGGGAAUUCUGGGAGGAGAUUAUUCUUGUCGCCAGGCAACCAGCCAAUUGGAAAACAGAAGAGGGACAAUGGAGCGGGGGAUGCACAUUUCCAAUUUUAAUGGAGUUCACUUCUCCCAUCUGUAAUUUUUUGUCAUUGUCAUGACUAUACGUUACCAAUUGGGUAAAAUCAGCAAUUAGGUAAAAUCAUCCGACCUCAACGGAAUUAACCCGUCUGAAACUGAAUUUGGUUCGCUGAAUGACUCACUGGGAUUACAUUUUCAAAGAACACUGAACAAGAUGUGCUGCUGGCCAGCCAUGGAAUCUAAAACUGAGUGGAUGCAGCGAUGGAACCAUCAAAUUAUAUUUGAUUCGAUGUCAUGUAAAACCAACCAACACAUACAAUGAUAUCACUGCUAAAACCACCCCACCAUCUCCAAGUCAAAGAAAUCAACAUGAUGGCAUUCUUUUCCGAAGUCUGAAUUUUACAUUCCAAAACCACAGUGCCAGUGUCAUUGUGCAGCUCUGUUCUUAACUUUUCAAACAAAAAACCCUUGUCUGUGUAUUUCAGUAUAUUUUUAAUUGUAGCUUUUGUUUAUUGCUUACUUUAUUGCUUUAUUGUCUGUAUUGCUUACCACCUUUUUUAAUAUUUUAAUAAAGAUGUUUUUUAUAGUUUUU